GCCACCGCCGCCACCCUUCGCGCCCCCUGGGCCCCCCUCGCUUCUCCCACCCGCUCCCCGACGGAGAGGAACCUUUGCCCGCUCCGUCUCCUCCCUCGGCGCCUCCGGGAGCUCGGCCCGCCCCGCCGUCUGCUCGAGGCUUGGCAGCGGGAAGGAGGAAACCCAGCGGUGGCCCCGCGAAGGCGGGCGGCAGCCGGGGCGACAUGGGCAGCGCCGAGGAGGAUUAUAACUUUGUCUUUAAGGUCGUCCUAAUUGGGGAGUCCGGGGUGGGCAAAACCAACCUGCUCUCCCGCUUCACCCGCAACGAGUUCAACCAUGACAGCCGCACCACCAUCGGCGUGGAGUUCUCCACCCGCACAAUCCUCGUGGGAGAUGCUGUGGUGAAGGCUCAGAUCUGGGACACUGCGGGGCUGGAGCGGUACCGCGCCAUCACGUCAGCGUAUUACCGGGGGGCCGUGGGUGCCCUGGUCGUGUUUGACAUCACCAAGCACCAGACGUAUGAUGUGGUGGACCGCUGGCUGAAGGAGCUCUAUGACCAUGCCGAGGCCAGCAUUGUCGUCAUGCUGGUGGGGAACAAGACCGACCUCGCACAGGCUCGGGAGGUGCCCAUGGAGGAGGCAAAAAUGUUUGCAGACAACAAAGGGCUGCUAUUUGUGGAGACGUCAGCGCUGGACUCCACCAACGUUGAACAGGCUUUCGAGACCAUCCUGAAGGUUGUGCUCAUUGGGGACUCUGGGGUGGGGAAGAGCAACCUGCUGUCACGCUUCACCCGCAAUGAGUUCAACCUGGAGAGCAAGAGCACCAUCGGGGUAGAAUUUGCCACGAGGAGCAUCCAGGUGGACAACAAGACGGUGAAGGCUCAGAUCUGGGACACGGCCGGGCAGGAGCGGUACCGCGCCAUCACCUCAGCGUACUACCGGGGGGCGGUGGGAGCUCUGCUUGUCUACGACAUCGCCAAGUACCUGACGUAUGAGAAUGCCGAGCGCUGGCUGAAGGAGCUGCAGGACCACGCUGACGCCAACAUUGUCAUCAUGCUGGUGGGCAACAAGAGUGACCUGCGGCACCUGCGGGCUGUGCCCACUGAUGAGGCCAGGAGCUUUGCAGAGAAGAAUGGGCUGUCCUUCCUUGAGACAUCUGCUCUGGACUCCACCAAUGUGGAGAUGGCUUUCCACAACAUCCUCUCAGAGAUCUACCGCAUCGUGUCCCAGAGGCAGAUCACUGGGCAGCCGGAGUCAGAGUUCGGCCCCAGCACCACCAUUGAGCCCAUCCGGGUGCUGCCCACACAGCAGGAGGGCCGGCAGACCCCCUGCUGCCAGAACAUCUGAGCCCCUGGACUGCCCCCACCGUGAUGGUCCACCACCCAGCACAUGGUGGCAUCAUGUGUCUCACCCUCUGCCUCUGCCCCCCACAGCCCCCUGAGCCGGACAGGCUGGCAGCUGCUUUUGUCUGCAACCUCAUGCUGCCCAUGCGCUGCUCUCCCUGUGUUUAUGUAGGACCUACAAAAAUAGGGGGGGAGGCAAAGCAUCAGGGUGUCUCCCCUCUCUCCCUGUGAUUGGGGACAUGCCAUUCCCUGUGUCCCUGCUCCCUCUAGCCCUGCAGGCACAGUCACCGAGUGGCUGGGUGGCACUGAACAAGCCUGAACGUGAUGAGUCCCUGUUUGGUGACGCCCUGGGUGCAGCCCUGCAGGGAGGGGGACACCGGGUGCACCUUUCUCCCACCCAGUGAAAGGAGCAGCAACAUGGCCAGUUGCACCCAGCCCUGCCCCUGUGACACCGAGGGCUGGGAGUGCCCCUGGGUGCUGCUGGGGACAUUGGGGUGGGGUGUGGGGAUGACACUGUUUUCAUGCAUUGACCCCUUCGAGGCAUGGCCCCAGCUGUGACUCUUCCAUGGAAAGAGAUGGGAGCAGGAACUGGGGGGCCAUGGCUUCUGGGGAGGCCUGAGGAAGGGACAAGGUGGGGACAGGGCUUUGGGGGCUGAGGGUGAGGGCAUGGAGAGGGUGCUGAGGGCAAGCACAUGGUCCCUCCACACAGCUCCCCGUGUGGGGGCCAGUGCCAGCACUGGGGACCCCUUAGCUCCGGCUCUCAGGAGCCCCUGGCACGGGUUGACCCUGCCCCACUCCAGUGUUUGGCCACUGGUGGCUGGUGCCCUCAUGGCCCAGCCUGGGGACAUGGUGCCAUUAGAUGGAGCAUCUGCUGCACCUGCAGGGUGAGAGUGGCCCUGUCCCCUGCCUGGAGGGCAGCAGCCACUCCCCAGGGUGGGCACCUCCGAAGGUGCUGGGACAGACUGGGCUGGGCCCAACCCCUGUCAGGGGUCAUUGGCAGGUAUCAAUCAGGACCGGUGCAAGUGGGAGAGCCUGUCCCCACUGAACCAGUGCUGGGGGUCUCUGUCUCUCCAUGGCUGCCCCCCAUCACCCCAUCUCACUUGACUGUGUCGGCAGGAUCUGGGCCAGCCACUCACCUUGGGGUGAAAUUUGUCGAUGAAACAGGAAUUGAGGCAAAAUCCCCAAAUAAAGCUGCUAUUGAGAGUCUUACUCUCUCUGCCAGGGCAGUUCCUUGAGGCAGGAGUGGUGCCAGCCCCACACGGGGCAGCUGGGCAGCAUUCCCAAGCAAUGAAGGGUGAGGAGGAGGAGGAGGACAGGGAGGAAGGUGUGACUGUAACCUGGGCAAGGGGGUGCCCUCCUGGGAAACUGGAGAGGAGAGCUUGGAAUUCAGGCUCAGAGGGGCAGGUUGGAUCACGCUGCCAGCACAGGGGCAGCGUUGCAGGGCACAAACCGGGCAUGGGAGCAGCUGCACUACGUGGAUGUCAGCCCCAACUGGGUCUGGGUUGCCCCUUUUAUCCAACCGACAGCACAGCCAUGGCAGCAUCUUAACCUUGGCUCCAGCCACCCCUGCAUGGUGUGUCCCUGCACCGCAGCACUUCUCCAUCCCAGAGACAGCCUCAUCCCUGAGCCAGCCAGUCCCAUCCUUGGCUGCAUCCUGGGUCUCCUCACAGCUGGGGGCUGUCCCCAGGUGAGCAGUGGUCAUCGCCCCAUGGACUGGACUCUGCCCUGUGCCCACCCCAGCUGGCAGAGUCACGGUGACACACAGACCAGCUGGAGCUGCCAAGCGCCACCCCCUCCCACACCAUCUGCCCACACCAAAAUGUGGUGCCAAGAGGUGAUGUCAGCCCUGCCGGCAGGAGAGGUGGGCGUGGGGGCAGAUGAUGCUCCAAAGGGCUCCUCAAAGGGACAGGGCUGAGCCAAACAUCCCUUGGGGCUCCCUGCCAUCAGCCAGGCACCAGCACGGACAUGUGGGAUGAUGAGUUCAUUUAGGCUCGUGGAGACACUUGGGCUCAGCACCUCAGUUUUGUUCCAGGCUUUCCAGCUUUCAGAUGAUUUCUGCAGGGAUGAAGAAGCGGGCAGGGUGAAACGUGGCACAGGCUGGCUCAUGGACCUGCUGGCACCAGGACUGGGAGCAGCAGCUGGUGCAGGGGGCUCACCAUCUCAAAAUGCUCUAACAAACCCCAAGAAGUGCUGCCAAAGGCACAGGACUGGUGGGAGACCCAGGAGGGGUAGCAGAGGGAGGUCUGGCCCCACUGCCUUGGAACUUGGCCCCUCAGGGCCCUGUUCCCAACCACUGCUCCUGCCCCCUCCUAAAGCAUGGACAGACAGAAACCAAGAGCAGAUACUGAGUUUCUUAA